UUGUACGCCGGUACUAGUCGCGUGCCCUCGCCGUCGUUCGUGUCCCUUCCGCAUUGGCGAGUUUGCACGUAAAAUAGUUAUAAAUUAAAAAAAAAUAGAUCCCCUUUAAUUUGAUUUUAACAGGUCAUUUUUCCAUAAAUCUCCAACAACAUUCUCUCUCUCUUUCUCUGUAGAUACUGGUGCUUAGAAAUCAAAAUUAUGAUAAAUUUCACUUCAUUUCUUUGAAAGGACGGUGUAUCCAAUUCGGUAACGCGGCAGUGUUUGAUGCGCACUGUCUCGGGUUCGAGACUCGGUCUUAGGCGGCUCCAUUUGCUGAAAGAAACAUCAGCUUAGUGAUUAGAGUUGCCAUCUCUCCCUUUGGCAUUAGACUAACCAAACGGUCAGGAGUAUCCAAUGGUUAAGAAAGCUCCUACUUUGGGGGAGACCGCUAUGGCCCUCAAUAGGCCGUAAAAAGUGAAAAAAAAAAUUUAAUAUUAGAUUAUUACCUAAUACAAAUGAAGUGUGUGUUGUACGCGUGUCAAAUAACUGAUCGGCUGGUAAUAGUGAUUUCCACUACCAAGUGUGUUGUUGGGAAUGGGUACGUGGUGAAAGGCUGAACCGAUCCGAGUGCGUACUCACUACAUACACAGUAAUACAGUGGCAAAACAUGUGUGUGUUGUGUACACAAAUAGUUAACAAUAAUAACAAACAUUCUGGUUAGAAGAUGUAUUUAGGAACAACAUUUAACAGAAAUAAACUACUGCCGGUUUUAAAGCACGAAAUGGCUUUAAUAUAAAACUAUACAGCCGGAGCCAUGUGAUCGUCGGUGGACAGUCCAUGGAUCCGGUGUGGUGGUACGAAACGCAGGAGGUGGGUAGCACAAAAACCGGAAAUGGAACGUGCACAUCAUGUGCGGCUGGUGGUCAUUCGAAUAAGACCAACACCGGACCAGCAGCCGCCGUAGGUCCUGUACUGGUGUUGAAGACUGUGGCCAUGGUCUCUAUAAUACUGUGUGCGGUGCUCGGCAACGCGUUAGUAGUGAUUAGCGUAGUUCGGCAUCGGAAGCUAAGAAUACUUACUAACUACUACGUGGUCUCACUGGCGUUUGCCGACUUUCUAGUGGCGUUGUGUGCCAUGUCGUUCAACGCCAGCGUGGAGAUAACAGGCAAGUGGAUGUUUGGAUACGUCAUGUGUGACGUUUGGAACAGCCUAGACGUAUACUUCUCAACUGCUUCCAUAUUGCACCUAUGCUGCAUCAGUGUCGAUAGAUACUACGCCAUUGUCAGUCCCCUCCAGUACCCGAUCACCAUGACACAGCGUACGGUGCUUUACAUGCUGCUCAACGUUUGGACUCUUCCUGCUCUAAUAUCGUUCCUGCCCAUCUUCUUCGGAUGGUACACCACCACCGAGCAUCAAGAGUUCAGACAUAAAAACCCAAUGUCGUGCAUUUUCGUUGUCAAUAAGUACUAUGCAAUCAUAUCGUCGUCGGUAUCUUUUUGGAUACCCGGCGUUGUCAUGAUCGUCAUGUAUUAUAAAAUUUACAAAGAAGCUGUGCGACAGAGACAGGCUCUAUCUAGAACCUCGAGUAAUAUUAUCUUAAAUAGCAUACACCAACAUAGGAUACAACAUUACAGUCAUAGAUUAAGACCUCCGGACAGUGAUAGCUUAACAAAUGGCGGUGCUCCAAUUACAAAAACUUCCAGCACAAGUUGGAGAACUGAACAUAAAGCAGCACGCACGCUUGGAAUUAUAAUGGGUGUAUUCUUAUUGUGUUGGUUGCCAUUUUUUUUAUGGUAUGUGAUAUCAACGUUAUGUGGAAAACCCUGUAGCUUUCCAGAAGCAGUAGUAACAGUGUUGUUUUGGAUCGGUUACUUCAAUUCAUCACUGAAUCCAUUGAUUUACGCAUAUUUCAAUAGAGACUUCAGGGAAGCGUUUAAGAAUACACUACAGUGCGUAUUCCCAUGCUGUCAAUCGUGUUGUCCAAAAGAAAGUGACUCGACGGCUAUGAGUUAUGUCUAAAAUAACCGCAUUACUAUUAUAUAUUAAAUUUGAAAAAAUCGGUUAGACAUAUAAUUAAUUUUGUCAUUUACGUUGGAAGAAAUUUUUUACAUUGAAAUUCUAAAUUUAUUGUAAAAAACGAACUACUAAAUAAAUAUAAUAUGUUAAUUAAUUCGAUGGCAAAAUCUAAAUAAAUAAAUAUGCAUUUUAGUUUUGGUACAAAGUCAAAAAUUUAUACAUUUGCAUAUAAAUAUAAAUAUAUAUAUACAGUUUUUAUGGGGGCUUCAAACCCUUAGAAACUUUCGUAGCCCCCACAAAUAAAUUGAAUUUUUGAGGAGGGAGAGGAAAGAGAUAAAGCAUUAUAGCAGAGAAGCUAUCUGUCAGGUUUAAUAUUCAAAAUUAUAAACAGGGUAUGGGGUUAUAUUCUCCACAGGACAAAUUCUUUAAGCUACGCCAUAAAUAUAUAUACAUACCAUACAUACAUAUAUAAAUAUAUAUAUAUAUAUACGUAUAUAUUAAUUAAAUAGUUAUAUAUUUUAUACAGCAGUGAACGCAAGAAAAGAGCUAAAGAUGCUAUAGUUACUUUAAUAAAUCAAACCAUAGUGCAAUGUAACAAUAAUAAUUACUUUAUUCUAAUGAAAAUAUGAUUUAAAAUAGAUUUUAUAUUUGAAAAUCAAAAUAGAUCUUAUCAGAAAAUAAAAAAUUCAAAACUCCUCUAAACUUUAUUAGUUUUUUU